UAAAAAUGUGAAAAAGUUGGCAGAGGCGCCCUUUAUAGUUUAUAGUCACCAAAAAGAAAAAGAAAAAGAAAAAGAAAAAGAAAAAGAAACCCUCCGAAUCCGAUGAUGGAGCGGGGAAUGGGUUGUGAUGCGAAAUUGGGUUCGUUGUUGGAGAAUUUGAAGUUGCAGGAUCCAUGGCUUCCCCCAACCACAUGGGAAUCCAUACCCUGUGAAAGUGGAGUUGGUGUUGGUGUUGGAGUACCCACCUCCACCUGUUCAAAAUCGAAUCAAACCCUUUCCACUCUCUCUGAAUCAAGUUUAGUGAGGUUGGUUAUGAAUGCUAUGCAAGGUGUCAAAUCAUCCCUUAUUAGUAUUCAAAACCUAUAUACUAUCUUUUCUAAUGAUCCCGCUGACAGGACCUUCCUCCAGAUUCCAAAUCUCUGGAAUCGAGCUUCCACCACUCAUUCUUUGGCAAAUUUACUUAUCUCUAUUGGUUGCACCGGCUCUCUUGUUUUUCUUCUCCGACAAUUUGUAUAUUAUUUCACCAACCCCCCACACAACCACAACAUUUCUCAACAUUUCCCUCCCUAUACUCUUGUUAAUCAAGCCUUUGCUGUAGCUGUCGGAAAGGUCUUGGAAGCCUACAUUUCUGGAUUGGACACCAUUCAUGCAUCUAUAACUUUACGCCGCUCUUCAAAACAUCACGUUGGCCUCUCUGUGUCUGGAUGUUUGAAGAGUGUAGUGCAUUCUGAAAUAACACUGCUUGAGUUUUACCUGCAUACAAAAGAACUAAGGACUCAGAUUCAAGCCCUUGCAAGCAUAUGUAACCUACAAAACUGGGUCCUUUGUUUUUCAGAUACUGCUUUUGAGGAUCUCAUUACUAAAGCUACUUCUGAAUUUUCUAACUUCAGCAGAGGAGGGGACUUGUUGACAUUUUUGCAUGCACAAUUACAGGUUGCUGAUCCUGCUCACUGCUCUCUGCUCAAGUUUCUUUUUCUUCAAUCAUGUGAACCAUAUUGUGGGUUCAUUAGGUCAUGGAUUUUCAAAGCAGAAAUCCAUGACCCAUAUAAAGAGUUUAUUGUACAAAAUGUGGAGUGUUUACCUCAUCAGUCUCAUUUUAAAGCUGGCAAAUCUGUUGACCUCCCAUUGGCAAGUAUCAAGGUGCGAGAUGGAGUCCUUGUUCCUGAAUUUCUCAAAGACUUAUUGGUUCCACUUGUUAGAGCUGGUCAGCAGCUUCAAGUACUAUUGAAAUUGCUUGAACUAUGUAUUCAUGUUGCUGCUGGAGGACAUAGUUCUGAUGACUUUCUUCCCUGCUGGAGUGGCUUUUCAAGCAGCAGUCUGUCAUAUUCUUCUCCACUGACGUUCAGAAAAGAUAUCAUAGAGACUAUGGUUUUUGCAAGAGAAAGUUAUUAUAAAAGGAUGAAUGGAAAAAUUGAAAGCUUUUUGAGCAGCUUAGAAAUUAGAUAUCAGCAGGCAGCUAUGCAUGCUUCAGGACCUUCUUUUGAUAAGGGUGGAGAGACUUUAGACAAACUAGCCCAGCUUUUGUCAGAAAACAAAUCCAUUAUCCGUCCAACAGAUGAUGAAGGAAUUUCGAACGUGGGCUUUGAUAAUUUGGGCUCUGAUGUCUCUAGUACAGUAGAUGAGUUCUCUUUGCUGGAAGAUAUGUAUGAUUCAUCUGAAAGUUCAUCCUUAAACAGCUCUGAGGAGAAAUUGGAGUCUGAUCAGCUUAGUGGCUGGCCUUGUCCAAUAGUUGGGCAUCAAAAUCAUUUAUCUGCUUUAAGCUUCUUGAAAAGUACUACCUUAAAUAGUUCAAUACAAAAUUCCAGUUAUCUUGAAAAGUUAGGCAGUGAUUCGCAUGGAAUCUGUGAUAAAAUGAAUGCCAUUGAUAUUUUGUCGAAGUCCUCCGACGAGGGAAUGAUAUCAGGUCUCAUGUCUAAUCCUCUAAAUCCUGGAAAUUCAAGCCUUUCAUGUAAAUUCAGCAUUCAAUAUAGAGAUAGCUGGAUUGACAGUUGUUCAGCAAUGGGUCACUUGCUGAGAAAAUCAUUUGAUGAGGAUGAAAUUGUUGAACAAAAGGUGACUGAAAAGCACCAAGGAUCCCUGAGAUAUUCUAAGCUAUGCCAUGGUGUUAUUGCCAUUCAGGAUACUUUCAAUAAGGAAGCCUUGAGUGAGGAUCAACCUGAUAGUAAUGCACUUGCUUCAAGUUUGUAUUCUUUACAACCACUAAAAAUUGGCCAUCAGUGUAAUCAUCCUAGCAUUAAUCCAUUUAGUAUGAACCCAAUGCUGACAAGAAAUGCUUUGCUCCAUCCAAUGGGUAAGAAUGAGGAAAAGUGCAAAGCAGAUAGCGAGCAAACUUGGCCUUACUUCAACUUUUCUACUGUAGAGGACCCUUGUAAGGUUUAUAUGAACAAGUUACCCACCAACUCUAGAUGUGGACAUGCAUCUUCAUUUCCAGAAGACAGUAGUGCGCCUACUUAUGUUAAUAGGAAUAAUGAACACGGAGAAAUUGGCCAUGAUAAAGAGGAUGGGCUGGUUGAUGUUCCAAAGUAUUGUUUUGAUACUUCGCUGGAUACGAUGGAUCAUAAGCAGUCUAUUUUAACAGUUGUAUCUGGUGGGAGCAGCUGGGAAAGAUUGCUGGGUAGUUUUGAGAAAACUGUGCCUUUGCAUUGUGAUGCUACUCAAAAACAGAAUUUGUUGUCAACAUUUGAGAUACCACUUGACAUUAUAAUUGAGAAGUGCUUACUGCAGGAAAUCAUGCUUCAAUACAAUUAUGUCAGCAAACUAACCAUCAAUGUGCUUGAGGAGGCAUUUAAGUUGCAAGAACAUCUUUUAGCACUGCGGCGGUAUCAUUUUAUGGAGUUAGCAGAUUGGGCAGAUUUGUUUAUCUUGUCUCUUUGGCAUCAUAAGUGGUCUAUCACAGAAGCUAAUGAGCGACUUUCAGAAAUUCAAGGUCUACUUGAAUUAUCAAUUCAGAAGUCUUCUUGUGAGCAAGACACUUAUAAGGAUCAGUUGUUUGUGUACAUGAAAGGACACGGGAAAUUGCCUCUUUCUGCAUCUGCUAUUGGGGUCCGUUCAUUUGAUUUCUUAGGACUGGGUUACCAUGUUGAUUGGCCACUCUGUAUUGUCUUGACACCUCCUGCAUUAAAAAUAUAUGCUGAUAUAUUCAGCUUUUUGAUACAAGUGAAGCUUGCCAUAUUUUCAUUGACUGAUGUGUGGUGCUCAUUAAAGGAUAUGGUGCAUACAACCGGUAAGAAUCUAGAUUCUGAACUACAGGAGUGUGGGGCAGGGCAUCUUAAUAUAUUGAUAAAGAUGAGGCACCAGAUCAGCCAUUUCGUAUCUACUUUGCAGCAGUAUGUAGAGUCACAAUUAUCUCAUGUGUCAUGGUGCAGGUUUCUUCAUUCUCUUCAGCAUAAGGUGAAAGAUAUGAUGGAUCUUGAGUCAGUGCACAUGGAAUAUCUUGCUGAUUCAUUAUGCAUAUGUUUCAUGUCUGAUGAAACAAAGGCAGUAGGCAACAUUAUUGAGAGCAUUUUGCAAUGUGCACUGGAUUUCCGUUCUUGUCUUACAGUAGGUGCUUGGGAUACUAGAAGUGAACAGGGAAAUUCGUUAGGCAGACUUUCCACAAUCAAUAUAUCUCAGGUGCUUUCUAUAAAGCAGAAGUUUGAUAGAAGUUUAAAAGAAUUGCACUUUUGCUAUAUCAGGGAACCUAAACAUGGGAAUCUUGGGCUCUCUCGUUUCUGGGAAUUUCUCAACUAUAAUGAAUAUUAUUCACAUGUCAGCAAUGGGAUGGGGUGAGGUUAUUCUUGAUUAGGAAAAAAGCAAAAACAAACAAAAAUACCCAAUGCAAUGUAACUACGACGUCAUGUCAUUGUCAAGAUUAUUCCCCAUGGAUUUGCUGACGGAAAUCGAGUGUGUAAAUAUAGGAGAAUCAUUCGCUUACUAUCUCAAUGACAGUGCUACACAAAUGAUGGCUUGUGUAA